CCUACAUUCCGCCAAUGGAUUCGUCCGUCGUGAGGCCUUUUUGCAGUAGGGAGUGUUGUUUGGCGGACUCCUGAAGUUGUACACUACUUUGUCUGGAUUUUGUAAAAUUAAGAAGACUCAAAUUGUUCGUUUCCAUAGCUAGUCAGCUAUCUAAUUGUUUUAUCUAUCGAGGCAAGUUACAGAGGUUAUUGUUUUGGGCGUGGUACACAGCUAAGUUUGUCGCAGCCAGAAGGAAAUCAUCUUCGGCGUGCGGAGUUCCGAUUCCGAGGGCUUAUGAUGCCGACGUUGCGGGACAGCACCAUGUCUCACCCCGGCGAAAACCCUCACCAAGUCCGGGUAAAAGCUUAUUACAAAGGGGACAUUAUGAUCACACACUUUGAGCCAUCCAUUUCCUACGAGGGUCUGCACGGGGAGGUYAAAGACAUGUGCUCCAUGGACAACGACCAGCUCUUCACCAUGAAGUGGAUCGACGAAGAAGGUGACCCGUGUACAGUAUCGUCUCAGCUGGAGAUGGAGGAAGCCCUGAGGCUCUAUGAACUCAAUAAAGACUCUGAACUCAUCAUCCAUGUGUUUCCUUGUGUCCCAGAGAAGCCUGGCAUGCCCUGYCCAGGAGAGGACAAGUCUAUAUAUCGUCGUGGGGCGAGACGCUGGAGGAAGCUCUACUACGCCAGUGGCCAUGCCUUCCAGGCAAAACGCUUCAACAGGAGAGCUCACUGCGCCAUCUGCACAGACCGUAUCUGGGGUCUGGGGAGACAGGGUUACAAAUGCAUCAACUGCAAACUGCUGGUCCACAAGAAGUGUCACAAACUGGUCACCGUGGAGUGUGGCCGACAGAUGAUACAGGAGCCUAUCAUGGGGCCUGAUAGAGGGGCCUCCAUCACUCCAUUAGACCAAUCAGAACAGACAGGUCCUCAGAACAGAGAUUCUAGUGAGAGUCUAAACUACAACGGAGAAGAGAAAGAGGCGCGUAGCAGCAGAGACACGGGGAAGUCAGCGUCUAGUCUGGGUCUGGUGGACUUUGACCUGCUGAGGGUGAUCGGGCGGGGCAGCUAUGCGAAGGUCCUGCUGGUYCGACUCAAGAAGACUGAGAGGAUCUACGCCAUGAAGGUGGUCAAGAAGGAGCUGGUCAACGACGAUGAGGACAUUGACUGGGUCCAGACAGAGAAGCACGUGUUUGAGCAGGCAUCCAACCACCCAUUCCUAGUUGGGCUACACUCCUGUUUCCAGACUGAGAGCAGACUGUUCUUUGUCAUAGAGUAUGUAAACGGAGGAGAUCUGAUGUUCCACAUGCAGAGACAGAGGAAGCUACCUGAGGAACACGCCAGGUUUUACUCAGCAGAGAUCAGCUUGGCGUUGAACUACCUCCAUGAGAGAGGCAUCAUCUACAGAGACCUCAAACUGGACAACGUGCUGCUGGAGUCUGAGGGACACAUCAAACUCACUGACUAUGGCAUGUGCAAGGAGGGCUUGAGGCCAGGAGACACCACCAGUACAUUCUGUGGAACCCCCAACUACAUCGCCCCYGAGAUACUAAGAGGAGAGGACUAUGGUUUCAGUGUGGACUGGUGGGCACUGGGGGUGCUGAUGUUUGAGAUGAUGGCUGGACGGUCGCCCUUCGACAUCGUAGGGAGCUCCGACAACCCAGACCAGAACACUGAAGACUACCUCUUCCAAGUAAUAUUGGAAAAACAGAUCAGGAUUCCUCGGUCGUUGUCAGUCAAAGCUGCCAGCGUUCUCAAGGGCUUCCUCAACAAGGAACCUAAGGAGCGGCUAGGCUGUCAUCCCCAGACGGGCUUUGCUGACAUCAUGGGUCAUCCCUUCUUCCGAAACGUAGACUGGGACCUUAUGGAGCAGAAGCAGGUGGUUCCCCCAUUCAAACCCAACAUCUCAGGAGAGUUUGGACUAGACAACUUCGACGCCCAAUUCACCAACGAGCCUAUCCAGCUCACGCCUGAUGAUGAUGAUGCAGUGAAGAAGAUCGACCAGUCKGAGUUUGAAGGGUUUGAGUACAUCAACCCKCUCCUGAUGUCAGCUGAGGAGUGUGUGUGAGGAGUGUGCGAUCGAUCGGACGCUGCACGCCGCGUCUUCUUGACAACGACGUUGCUAACUAACUCUGCAUGGUUACCAGACAACCCAGCGACGGCGUCACCAUCGAGCACCCUGCUGUUGGAGAGAGCCAUCGGGACUCUCAGACAUGAGAUGCUAACUUGCCAAACCAAUCUCCCAUAGUGUGGACGUGUCCCAUUUGGCACCCUAUACCAUACGUAGUGCAUUAGAGAAUAGGAGGCCAUUUUGGACGGAAGCCACUCUGCCAUUUAUAACCACUAGUCCUUAAAAUCUACCUUCUCUCUUUGAAUUAUUUUUGGAUCAUGUAUCAAAUCCUCACUGAUUUCCUCGUUGGUCAUCAGGGAGCCUGCUCUGAGUAACCAAUGAGGCUUGUAGGUGGUUGGGUACCUAGUGACACAAAGGGGCGGGGGGAAAGAGGAACACAGACAGUCCACAGAGAACGAACUAACCCUCCUCUUAUUCUCUACUUGGUGGUGUUUGAUGGAUAUUGUAUUUGUACAUAUUAAAAAUCAUUGAGGAUGGAUAUAUGUUUAGACCAGUGGUUCCCAACCAGACCUUUUAGCUUUCAGCCAGAUUAUCAGGGGGACAUGGUUGAAAACAAUUUAAUGAUUGACAUCCACUACAUGUAUUAUUAGCUUUGUUGCAGCACUGUGUUUGUAGAGGAACGAAGAACAAGACAACACUAGCCUUUUUCAAAAACAAAACACUAUAUCUAUAUAUUUUUCUCAUUUUAUUUAAUGAAAUAGCUGUUCUCUAUGUAUGAUGGCCAUUGUCCUAAAGUGUUACGUUGUCUUCAAGCCUGGUGUCCUGUCAGAACCACAUAGGUUGGCCCGCUAUUGUUUGUUUACAGUAGUUGUCAUGGCAACCCCCGUACAGAGAUGGUUACAGGAUGUAGUGACUGACUGGAACCUCAGCAGCCAACCAACACUAACGUAGGUACUGACAAAGGGCAAAUCUCAAAUGGCACCCAAUGUCUCAAGUGCAUUAGAAAUGUAUUCUACACUACRAAAAGUGCACUAUUAAGGGAACAGGGUGCCAUUUUGGAUGCGACCAAACUGUGAAUGGAACAAUUGACUAUGUGGAGAGAGGACGGGUAGGGCUGGAGCACUAGUUAAGUCUGGGGACUCCUAUGGGCCCUGGUCAAAAGUAGCGCGCUAUAUAAGGAAUAGGGUGCCAUUUGGGACAGGCCCUAUUAGUCUAUGCAGAUAUAUCAUCCAUGCAAUCUAUUGUUCACACAGGACCAACAAAUAUUUUCUAGAGAAGAUGUUAAUGAUGUCUUGGUGGUACGUUGAAAAAGGUACAGUAUAUAUACAGUAGGAAGACGUGCUUUUCUAAUAUUGGUCUUAGAAACUACGCAUGGCAUUUUUUUCUUUGUUCAUGUGUACUAUACAAUGCCUUUCUGAGAGUCCUGUUUCUGUUUUCACUUUUUUUUUCUACUGUUUUCUCUAUUACACGUCAGUCUUAAUCUGAUUGCUACAGUAUACAAAGAAUGGACCGUCACUGAWUCUUGAACCAUUUCUGACAACGUAACGAUAGAUUUCUUGAAUGAGAUUUUCUUCAAAUCUGAGAGAUUACAACCACUAUCAAUACAAAGCAUAUAAAAGCAAAAUAUGAUAUUCYCCAAAUAGUUUAUUUCAAAAAUAAAUGUUGUCCUAAAUGGCAUCCUAUUCCCUACAUUCCCUAUGUACUUUUGACUGCACUAUGUAGGGAAUAGGGUGCCAUUUGUAACGCAGGACCAAUUCUUCUGUUGAGAUGUCGCUGAAGAACUUAACUAAGGUUAAGAGUAUAAAGUAUGUGGCCCAAAUGGCAUCUAUAGAUCCCGGUCAAAAGUAGUGCACUACAUGGAAUAGUAGGGUGCCAUUCGAAUGACAUCCGGAGUGUUUUUAGCGGGGCCAUGUGAUUGAUUGGAGGAAUGAACACAAUGUUUACCAUGCUACUUUAUAUUGUAGAGUCUUUUUUGCUUUGUUACUUUUUUCAAAUAGAAUUUGCUGUAACUAAUGAUUGAGCACUACGUUGAUUGGUAAUAUUGUUAUUGGGUGAAUCCUGUAUGAAAACCCUUGGAUGAUGAAUAUGYGUGAUUUCAUCCAGAGGAGCCUACUGAACUGUAACAAAAAUAAACAUUUUAUUUCCCUUC